AUGACGAGACUCAUCACGACGUUGCUGCUGCUGCAGGCUAUCGCGAGGUUCGGUCGCGUGGCAGCCGCAGAGUCCACGCAUGCGGCUGACCAGCCAGUCCCUUCUGCGGUCCCAUCGGGACUUUCUGGGCCAGAUUACACGGGGCCAUCCGCCGGUUCCGACGAGUGCGACCCAGAAAUGGUCGGCUUCGAGCUGGUGACCGGGUACGUGUACACCGCGCCCACGAACAUGCUGGAGUCCAUACCGGGAACUCUGAUGCUCACCGAUUGCUUGGAGACCUGUCAGGCGAACGACUCCUGCCAGGCGGUGAACUACGAGACUGGCCUGUGCGUUCUGUUCAGCUCGAACGCCGACAGCAACCCAGGUGCCCUUUCACAAUCCCAGUUUCCAGUAUUCACGAUUUACGCUCAGAAGAGCUGCUUGGCUGUGAAACCAUGCGAACGUGCCUGGUGCAUCGACAGGGUCCAGGGGCAUCGUCUUCAGGGCCACACACGCAGAACCAUGAAUGCCUCCUCGCGACAGCACUGUCUGGAGCUCUGUUUAGGCGAGAGAGACUUCCUCUGCCGAUCUGCCAACUACGCGAAUGCUACGAAACAGUGUGAACUCUCGGACAUGGACCGACUGACCGUAGCGGGAUCAAGCGCUUUCCAGGCUGCUAAGGGUGUCGAUUAUCUUGAGAACCAUUGCGUGGACGAGCCCGUGAAGCUGUGCGAAUUCAAGAAGUUGUCUGGUCGUAUCUUGAAAACCGUGGAUUCCGUGUACCAGGAUGUUGGCAGUGCCGAGGAGUGCAGAGAGCUUUGCUUGAAUUCGCCAUUCCGUUGCCAUUCCUAUGACUACGGUGACACUGGCGACAUGGUGUGCCGUCUCAGCCAUCACUCCAGGGCCACCCUUUCGGAUAUCCAGGAACCCUACCUGGACGUGCCGGAGGGAUCAACGUACGAGUUGAGCUCUUGCUACAACGUGACCAUCGACUGUCGCGCGGGCGACAUGGUGACAAGAAUCCAAACGAGCAAAUUGUUCUACGGCAAGGUGUACGUGAAGGGGUCGCCAAAUUCGUGCGUGCAGGACGUGAAGGGCGCGUUGGAGUUCGAGCUACGUAUGGCGUACGACGAUUUAGAGUGCAACAUCAGACAACAGGGCCUUGGCCGGUACCUGAACGACGUCGUGAUCCAACACCACGACACCAUUGUCACCAGCUCCGAUCUCGGCCUGGCCGUCACCUGUCAAUACGAUCUGACCAACAAAACUGUAUCGAACGAAGUGGACCUCGGCGUGCACGGUGACAUAACGCCUGCCCUGUCCGAGGAAGUGAUCGUCGACUCGCCCAACGUAGCCAUGAAGAUCACCGAUCGCAGUGGAAACGAAGCCAUCCCAUCGGCCGAAGUCGGUGAUCCACUGGCACUGAAGUUCGAGAUCCUCGACCCUAACAGCCCGUACGAGAUCUUUGUGCGCGAACUGGUGGCUAUGGACGGCGUGGACUCCAGCGAGAUAGUCUUAAUUGACUCGGAUGGCUGCCCCACCGAUCACGUCAUCAUGGGCCCGCUCUACAAGUCGGCUACCACCGGCAAGAUUCUACUGUCGCACUUCGACGCCUUCAAAUUCCCAAGCUCCGAGGUAGUACAGUUCCGCGCUCUGGUGACACCCUGCAUGCCGACCUGCGAGCCAGUGCAGUGCGACCAAGAGGAGGCCACAGGCGAGCUGCGUUCCGUCAUAUCCUUCGGCAAACGUCGUCGUCGUCGCUCAACCAGUCCCAGCUCCCAGAGCCGCGAGGAUCUGCUGCUGGUACAAUCGAUCCAGAUCACGGACAAGUUCGGAUUCGAGCACGACAGCAAGACAUCGAACGCCAGCUCAGCGACCAGGGACACCGUUUUCGUCGAGAGCGAGGACAUAUCGUCGACGAUGGGCAUGUGCAUCAACUUCGGCGAGGCCAUCGUCGCUGGGACCGUGUUCCUCGUUGCCCAGAUCGCUAUCAUCGCGGUGUCGACCUUCACCUGGCAGAGACGUCGGCAGAUGCUCAAGCAUCAAGAAGCCCUCUCUGUCUCCGUUUCCGUGCCCGGGAUGCACUCGGUCCCGGGACGCACCGACAGCCUCUGUAAGUUGUACGACACCGGAUAUUCAGCGCGCCGUUUUUGA